ACAUGUAAAUAACACACACCCAAGCAAAUCUUCAGUUGGAUCAUAAACUUUGGACGUAAUUGUAUCAUUCCAAAUCACUGUAUCUAGGAGUUCCUCUUUCGGCAUGUUCUCAAGAAAGCUCAGAGACCGUAUUUCUUACUGUUGGAGUGUGUACCUUGCUUCGUUUUAUUCUGGAUGCUGUUUGUAGGGGCAAUCUGUUGUGAGAUAUUCACUUUCACAAUAUAGUUUUGUUUGACCUGAGAUUCAUAAAAGGAAAUAAAAUGUGUUUUCAUAAUGGAUGCUUCGCUGUUCUUGGAUAUUUAGUACACAGGAUAUCACUCUCAACAAAAACAAAAGUGUUUUCCGAUUAAUUAAAGGAGCAUAGAAAUUCUGAGAAUCAUUAAAUAGUUCAAACCUUUGGUAAUUGUGGUUUUGACCUCAUUCAAUUUGAGAGCUGUUCAUUUUACAAAUAAAUGAAUAGUAUUAUAUUCCUAUGUUUUUAUGAUUUUUUUUCAUUAUCAUUAAGAUUACUGACAGAUGUUUGCGGAGCAACAUUUUCUGCUCAUGUAAACAAGUGAUAUCAAAUGACACUCAUCGAUUUCAGCCGUGAUGUUUGGCAUUUUGGAUAAGUCCACUUCUGCAAAUGCAAUUCCUUUAAUUGCACCGAAGGAAUAAUCGUAGACCUGUAUGUCAACCCUGCUGCAUGUUUAAUUCAUGUGUGCAUGAGAGUGUAGUCACAUACUGCUGAUGACGUUGUUGAUCGUCCAUGUGCAGACCGAGCCAUGUAUGUUGAUCUGUCAGCCACAUCAGUCGAGGCUCUCUAGUAUCCCAGCUGUCAGUGGCACUCACAUACCCCAUAUGAAAGUCUGGAUGGAUGCUAUAUGCCUAUCUUCUCCUGAUACUGCCCUUAGUCACUUUGGAUUAUGUUGGCUCUGAUUGGAAUACAUGCGAUCCUAUAAAUACUUUUGGAAUAGAACUCCCUCCGUAUGCCGUGUGUGUGGAGUUGUUGACUUGUGUUGUUGGUCGAUGAGGAGCUAUUUGAUUAUUUCUUUAUUGUUUGGAUGGGAUUUUAAUAGGAAACAUGUCAUCGUCAGACGAAGAAAUGAGUGAUUAUGAUUUAGAGGGGUGCUGGGACCUGGCUGAUAUCAACAUGUCCACUGCAGUAACAGCCAGUCGUAACCCAAGCGGCAGUGGCGAGAAAUCCUCCGUAAGCUCCAAUGUCCGCAAGCUACGGCAUCUCUUUGAGGAGCAGGCACACCCAACCGGCAAGCCUCCCCCUGUUCCCAGACAAAUCCAGACAACCAACAACAUCAAUGCCAACACCACCACCACAAGCUCCAGUAGUGCCAAGUCUUCACUAUCUGGGGUUGUUCUCAGGCACAAGGAAUCAAAGUCAGUUCAUGGUCGCCCAAGGCCUGCAAGUAAUGAAUAUAAUGUGAACGUUCAACAACGGCUAAGCGGGGAUUUUACUGGUGUGACGGUGAAGGCGGGAGAGGGUAACGGAGAUGACCCCAGGAAAAGAUUCACAAAUGUCCUCAAGAAGUUUGAGGCUGCAAGUAGCCCCCCUAUCCAGCGGAGGGCAACAGGUCCUAGAAGGACCAGUAGCAGCCCACCGACCAGUCCUCCAGUCUUCAAGAAACGAAUCCAUGAAAGUGCGGAGAGAUCAGGAGAGCCGUUUGGAGUUGAUAUCCGAAGGGACUCUGAAUCAGAGGUAUUCCAAAUCGAUGUAUCACAUUCCACUUCAAAUGGUGAUGAACCAUUAAACUCAAAGCAUAUACCGUCAGUGGAAAGUGUACCUCAUGAAAAUAUAAUAGAGGAUUCUAUUCCUAGAGCAAAUGGGGAUGUCAAGAGGGAUGUAGAUGCUGAAACCAUACCGAUGGACACUAGCAAUAAGGAGAAUGUGGUUGUAGGAGAUUCUCAGGUUGUCAUGAGGAGAAAUCGCCCAAGACAGUCAGAGGAUUCUACUGCUGCCACAAGGAGAUGGAGUUUUGGCCAGUCUGCCAGACCAUUCUCUCGGGAAUACUCCGAAGCAGAAUUUCACCAUGUAGAUCCACCAAAGAAAAAAGAAAUGCCUGCCUCAGAAAUUAUUGCAAUUAAUCGUCCUGAUAUUGAUUAUGCCGAAAAGUUGAAUGUGGACGUUGAGAGCAGUCGUCGAAAAGAUGCAACAGAGCGACUGUCCUCUAGGUCAAAUCAUACCCCCACUCAGGACAGUAAUAUAGACAUUAAAAAGCCACUUGAAAAAUCUGUUGAUGAUGAGUAUUCAGUUAAUGACAUUCAUGAAGCGUUGGGCCAAUCACCAUAUUCCACAAGGAGCAUUCCUAGUAAAACCGAAGAUGUCCCGUUUCCGGAAGUUAAACCGCAGAGUCACGAACCCAUCAGAACAAGCGUAACUGGCAGAGUUGAAUCUUCAGGACCUGUCACUGAACUGAGUUCUGGAUCUAAGGAGGAGAGACCUGAUAUUGUAUCUGAUCUUCCUUCUGAAGGAUCGUGCUCAUUCCUGUCCCCCACACCCUCGAUGGAAGAUGAUAUCUCCAAGAACCGCAUCAAUCUAACAGCGGAAGCCAUCACAUCAGAUAUAUCCCCUAGGAGUCGUGAUGGUGAUGCUAGUACGGACAUCCUUGCCAUGGCCAUGUCCUUACCAGAAUCAACCAUUGACACCGAUGAAGACGAAGGUGAAGAAGAGAGACGCUCUCACGAGGAUGAACCCCCGCACUUUGAAGCAGAUGACUCGGACAUCACGGAUGAGUCCGAGGAUGCUGUCGGUGGUUAUGACCUGGUGAAGGACGAAGAUGAUGAUGACAUUCGUCACGAGCCUGACAGUGCUCGUGGAACUCUGGAAGAGCUUGAGGACUCUGUAGAGGACCAGGGUUAUGACAUUUCAUUCAACAUUGAAGGGUUCAUGCCUGGUGAAAUGAGAUCUGCCAGUGAUGACGAUUCAACGGAGCAGUCAUCCUCUUCAGGAGAGGAACAUGCUGCCGAUGAUACAUUCUUAAAAUGGAGAAGAGAAACACCGAAGUCGUACCAAAUCCAGAUCCAAGGUUUAUCAGAUACAGAGGAGGUCGCAGCAACGCCGAAGACCAAAGCGGACAGACGGGUAACAUUCACCAGACAACCCGCACAGGUAAGAUAUUUACUCACUUUGAAUGAAAUUACAUGGUCUGGUAAGUUACCUCAAAUCGUAGAAUUUAGAAAUGUAUUGGAUUUGUGAUGCAGAUGUGAAUGGUAAUAUGGAAAUAAACAAAAUUGAACAAAAAUGGAACUAAAUGACUGGGUAUUCUGGUUUUGCUCAUUCAAAGCUGGAAAGCUCCUGCAGUCAUUGGUUAUCAAACAAUUGAGGUCAUAAUAAAAAAAAAGAAUCCUAAAAUUUUCAUAGUAAAAACGAAUCCUUAAACUUGGUGUGUGUAGUAUGGAUAUGUUCUGUGGAUGGAGACCAUCCCCCAGGAAAGGAAAAUUUGUGCUGACACUUUCAAAGAUAUCUAAUUGAAAAAGAAAUCAUAAUUUCAACAAUAUCCUUGGGAGAUGGUUAUAAUAUGGGAUGAAAUUUGGAUGGUUCCGGCCACUAUAUUUCUCAUUUUUAAAGGGCUGAAUAAUGAUUUUGAGGAGCAAUUUGUUCAGGGCUUUAUUUUUACAACAUAUCGUAGAUACAGGUAAAGCUCAGGGGAGAAGGAAGACGAAGGGAGAAGAGGGAAGGGAGGUAGUACCAGAGCAGAUAUACACUGCAA